AUGACUAAGGACUGGACGAUUGGCGAGGUUCUGAAGGUAGUGUUUCCUCUUCUCGAUGGCUCCGAACUCGCUUCCUGCAUGCUGGUAUGCCGUCAAUGGCGGGACAUCGCCAGGGACGAUUACUUCUGGAAAUGUCUGUGCGCGAAGAAAUGGCCUUCCGUCUGCAAGAGACCGCCGGCUUCCUCAAUGAGCUACCACAAGUUCUUCCAGACCUUUUCGAGGGGUCGCCCGUGCCAGCCUCUUCCUCCCCCCAAGCUCUCCUUCAAAGACUUGGAGUUUUACAUCGACAUAUGGUCCGAGCGGCGACUCAUCUUCUCCGAGGCGGUCCCUGGUUCAGUGCUCCGCGCAGGGAUAAAAUCCCCGCCGUCGGGGAUCUCCGACAGCAUGAAGACCUACCUCGAAGGACCCAACUACAAGAUGAUGAUGCCGGUGGAGCCGCAGUUCACCGUGCCGAGGGAAAAUCCUGUGAGCGUCUCCGUCCUCGUCGGGCGCAGCGACAGCAAGAAGGUGGCCUCCAUCGUCGGCCAGGCCCUGUUCGACUACGUCGACUGGAGCACCUUCAGGGCGCUGGCGUACGAGUUCCUGAGUCUCUCCCCAAACUACCCCUUCGUCUCCGGGGUAAGGGCGUGGGUCUCCCUGCUGUUCAUGGCCGGGGCGGGGGACGACACCGCCCAAGUUUUCGGCGUCGAGAUCGACUUCUGCGACGCCGCGAGCUCCGAGAACGAGGUCCUGUGGCUCCUCGACAUGCUCGACUGGAAAUAA